CCGACGUCUGGGACACAUCGGACCUUCAGCAUCCACCGAGCACGCCAACAUGGAAGUUGACCAUACUAUGCGUCGAGCUUCGCCUUCUUCGAGUGUAGUAGAAGACCGCAAUCUCAUGAUCCUCCAGUGGGACGACAGCUGCGAAAGUGAAGCCCACUUCGUAUAGUACUGACAGAGCUUUAUAUAACCGGCCCAGCAGUCCAGAAAGACAGUACCUUGGGGUUCUUCCUGCUGGAAAAGCUCGAGCGACUUCAGCACAAGCGACGGUCUCUUCAUCGACGUGCUGCAGCAGCUGAUUACGGUCCCUUUUAUCGUAUUACGGAAGACCAACCGGCAACUCGAACGCGACGGUGAUACCGGCCAAGGCACGAGUACACCGCGAAUCAGGCCUGCUCUUCGCCAUGUACAGCGCGCUCCUCGUACCAAUCGGCCUCUUCUUGAUGGCGUGGACGGGUUACGCUCCAAUCUCGAUCUGGAGCCCUAUCCUGUCUCAGUCAUGAUCGGAGCAGACAUCAUCUCGAUCUUUGUGAGCGCGUACAUGUACAUGAUCGAUGCAUACGAGGUCAAUGAGACGAGUGUGCUGACGAUCGUCGCGCUCGUCAGGUAUCUAGCUACGGGUGGAAUGACUGUGGUCGGCGUGCCGAUGUACCAGAACUUCGGUCCGCAUUAUGCGCUGACAAUACUGGCCUGUAUUAGUGCUGCUGCGGUGCCGAUCCCGUGGGCACUGUUCAAGUGGGGACCCAGAAUCAGAGAAAAGAGCAAGUAUGCCAUCAGGCCGCAAUGAGCGUUGUAGAUGACGAAAAGCUACUGCAUCGGUAGACCUAGAUACCCCUUGGAUACAUUGUUCUACGCAUCAAAUCAAACCAUGCAAGCAGGUGAUCCCUCAGUCAAAGGUACCGUAGGAAAGUUCAUUGAAGGAUCGUGGGGUAUGCUACUCGUAAACAUCGUAUAUACAUGAUUUUGUAAGUUAUGAUAGUCAUGAAGGCCGUGAGCAUGAUCGGCAACAUUAAGAAAAAGGGCAUGAAGAUGCGUAGUGAGCGUCGUGAACAAGGAACAACAUG